AUGCCUGAAACACGAGCCAACAGCCAAGACAAACGUCCAGUUGGAGUCGGGAUUCGGUUCGUUCCCCACGAUGGCUCUGAUGGAGUCCAAGUAUGUCAUGCCAUCUUCGUCUUUGCCCCUGACUCUAACAUGUUCCAGCGAAGAACCCGCUUGAGAAUCUCAGUUGCCGGGUGGAACAUCCACUUGCAUCAGCGCGACAUUCCAGCCGCCUAUGCAAUGCAACACUCUGGAAACUUGCAAAACGAUAUCGUCGCCGCUUUCACGGAGGUUGAGAAGACAAUGCCACUCGAACUGGCCGUCAAGCUGAAGAAGGCUGUCAUGGACACAUGGGUAGCUAUCAGGACCGCAGGUCCUCUUGACAGAGCCAAAGUCAGCAGCCAGCCGCCAUACCUGAGACUUAUUGGGACCGGGUAUUUCAACAAGGAGCUUUACUACCCGGACUGGUUCUUCGUGGCUGUCUGGCUCGGUCCCGGCCAUCCGUUUCUCGAAUCUAUCCGUAAAGACAUGUCAGAUCUCUGGGGCGUGCAGUUUCCAACCGACGCCAUCAUUUAUCCCAAAUCCAUCCCCGUCGAAACCCAGAUGCAGUUAUUCUACGGAAAGCCUGUCACUACACCCAACGAAGAUUCCAUCGAGAAGCGAGCAAAGGCUAUCAAGAAAACAAUCGACGAGUCACCUGUCAACGGUCUCACAGCUGCUAUCAAAAGCCAUCUCCAACAUGAUCUGAAAGGAGACACCACUAGAAUGCACGAAUUGGAGAAGAGCCUCGCCUCCACAAACCGAGAACUCGACGAGGCGAAGAAGUAUGUCAGCAAUCUCGAGAAACAACUCGCCGAGUCCAAAGCAUCUCAAGCGCGAGCGAGCACCGAACAAGAGAAGACCAAGAGCGACGUGGAAACCCUCCAAAAAGAGAUGAAUGCAUUGCGCAGUGAGGUAGCUCAAUCAGCUGAGAAGGCAGAAAAGGCGGUGGAGACUGGGGCUCUCGUUCUGAGCGUCUUGUCGACUCCUGGAGGGCAGAAGCGAAAGAUGGAUGAGAUUUCUUAA